AUGGGCAGCCCCGGGAACCGUAGCCACGCUUGGCGGGGCGCCGGGGAGCCGCCGUGGGCCGCGCUGCUGCCGUGCGACGAGCGCCGCUGCUCGCCCUUCCCCCUGGGGGCGCUGGUGCCCGUGACCGCCGUGUGCCUGGGGCUGUUCGCCGUCGGGGUGAGCGGCAACGUGGUGACGGUGCUGCUGAUCGGGCGCUACCGGGACAUGCGGACCACCACCAACUUAUACCUGGGCAGCAUGGCCGUGUCCGACCUGCUCAUCCUGCUCGGGCUCCCCUUCGACCUGUACCGCCUGUGGCGCUCGCGGCCCUGGGUGUUCGGGCAGCUCCUCUGCCGCCUCUCACUCUACGUGGGCGAGGGCUGCACCUACGCCACGCUGCUGCACAUGACGGCGCUCGCCGUGGAGCGCUACCUGGCCGUCUGCCGCCCGCUCCGGGCGCGCGUCUUGGUCACCCGGCGCCGCGUCCGCGCGCUUAUCGCCGCUCUCUGGGCCGUGGCGCUGCUCUCCGCCGGGCCCUUCUUCUUUCUGGUGGGCGUCGAGCAGGACCCUGGCCACGAUGCGCUCCGGGACCUUAACGGCACCGCGCGGCCCUCCCCCUUGCCGCCGCCGCCCUUCCUGGGGUCCUCUCUGGCUUCCCCGCGGUCCCCGCCGUCUGGGCCCGAAGCAGCCGCCGCCGCCGCGCUGUUCAGCCGGGAGUGCCGGCCGAGCCCGGCGCGGGUGGGCGCGCUGCGCGUCAUGCUGUGGGUCACCACCGCCUACUUCUUCCUGCCCUUCCUAUGCCUCAGCGUCCUCUACGGGCUCAUCGGGCGCGAGCUGUGGAGGAGCCGCGGGCAGCUGCGAGGCCCGACCACCUCCGGCCGGGAGAAGGGCCACCGGCAGACGGUCCGCGUCCUGCUGGUGGUGGUUCUGGCGUUUAUAGUUUGCUGGUUGCCUUUCCACGUUGGCAGAAUAAUUUACAUAAAUACCAAAGAUUCCCAGAUGAUAGGUUUCUGCAGAAGCAGGGAGGCCGCAGGGAACCCCGCCGGUGUCAGGGCGGGCUGCACGGAGGACAGCGCCAACGUGCCGAUGUCAGCAACUAGCACCGCUAAACCCUGCGCCCUGUCCCGUGGCUCUGGAACUUAA